CCACAUGUUAUAUUGAGGAUGGAAGUUAAUUGCAGUUGAAACAUGGGAAUAAAGCAAUAAUACUUCCAGACUUGGGUUGCUGGCCUGAUGUUUUUGUAGGUCAAAGGAUGUUCCCUGUCAGAAUCGGUCCUGCUCCUUGUGCUUAGGGAGCACUCAAGAGAGUGAAUAUCUUUGUUACCAGACGGCUCUUACCCCUGCCUCUCCAGGAGCUUUAUUUUGAAGUUGCCAGUGCUUCAGACGUCAGCAGAGCGUGUCGUUCCGAGUGCAUCCCGCCGUAACCUGGCAGUAAUCGGGGAAGGAGCCGGCCCCUGGCAGCCCCUGGCACAGGGGCCUUUGUCGCUUCGUUAGGGAGAAGUCAGAGACGUGUGAAAAGUAGGCCAGGGGUCGGGGCGGCCUGCCCCGGCCCCCCGACAUCUCCUGGCUCGGCCGCUAAUUUGCCUCCAUGUUAAAUGCCUCCGAAGCACUAAUUAAAAUGAAAAGUUCUUGGGUCUCACCGACAGACAGAUUGAGUUAUUGAUGGUGGAAGCGGCCACCAACAGUAAUUGCAGCCCAUCCCUGAGCGAACGCCAGUUUGGGCAUUCAUGAGCAGCGCCAGGCUGACAGGGGUCAGGCAGGUCAAGCCCACCAAAACAAGAGGCCGAGGAAAGGCAAAAUCAGGCCUCUGUUCGUCUUUGUGCAAUGUCGCUUUUGUUGUGAUUAACUAUUUAGGUGUUUGAGCUGCUUUUUAGUCCUUUGAGGCCCAAUUAUGCUUCCCUUGUGAAUUGCUGUAGAAAGUUCGUUAAGCAGAACGUGACCACAACUACUGCAGUCUGAAAAAGUAACUUUUUAUUCAAUUUGGCUGUCUUAGCUAUGUGUUCAGCCACUGGAUGAGGAAAAUUAUCUUCUAUUUUUGGAGUAAAUGGCAUGUGCAUAUGGUAGCGCAGUUUUUCAGUGGGGAUUAAUUUGCAGAAAACUUGGGAAUCCAGAAGGAUAUCAGGAUUUUGAAUUGGAGUUCAGAAAGAUAAAUAAUAAAUAUCAUUAGUGUUGUGAGCUGAGCUAACUUUCUUUUCUUCAGAAAACACUAUAUAAUGUACUGUACAGGAAGAGGGACUGGAGUAGUUGAUGCUAAGUGAGAAAUCAAUUUCUUCAUUGAAAUGUUAAAUGAGAUUUUGCUUUUUAUAUAUUUUUAAGAUGUAGUACUAUUCUAGAAGACAAAAGUAACAUUGAAACGAAGUUGGAAAAGUUACAAAAACAUCUUUGCAGUCAAGCACCAAAUCUUGUAUUAGGCUUCACCGAACAGACUAAGCUUAACAUUUGUCAAGCAGAAGGGCUGGUUGCCUUGCACAGGAAGGAUUAAAAGUGAACAAUGACUCGACUGAGAGUUUGUGAGCGAUUGCUUGGAGCCUAUCUGCUUAUUAUUCUCCAUGUUCAAGGUCAAAAUAGUCUCGACAGCAUGCUUCAUGGCACAGGAAUGAAGACAAAUCCUGACCAAAAGAAACAAGCAAAUGGAGUGACACUGGCUCCAGAGGACACCUUACCUUUUCUUAAGUGCUACUGCUCAGGACAUUGUCCUGAUGAUGCUAUUAAUAACACAUGCAUAACUAAUGGGCAUUGCUUCGCUAUCAUUGAGGAAGAUGAACAUGGAGAACCCACGCUUGCUUCUGGCUGCAUGAAGUACGAAGGUUCAGACUUCCAGUGCAAGGACUCACCUAAAGCACAAUUACGGCGAACAAUUGAGUGCUGUCGUACUGAUUUCUGCAAUCAGGAUUUACAACCAACGUUACCACCGCUUGAUAGUACAGAUGGACUUUUUGAUGGCAGCAUUCGUUGGAUGGCAGUGUUGAUUUCUAUGGCAGUCUGCAUAAUUGUCAUGAUCAUCUUAUUUAGCUGCUUUUGUUACAAGCAUUACUGUAAGACGAUGGCAAAGAGGCACUGUUAUAAUCGUGACCUGGAACAAGAUGAAGCAUUUAUUCCAGCUGGGGAGUCAUUAAAAGACCUUAUUGACCAGUCACAGAGUUCUGGGAGUGGAUCAGGACUACCGUUGUUGGUUCAGCGCACUAUUGCCAAACAAAUUCAGAUGGUGAGGCAAGUUGGAAAAGGGCGGUAUGGCGAAGUGUGGAUGGGCAAAUGGAGGGGUGAGAAAGUCGCAGUGAAAGUGUUUUUCACCACAGAAGAAGCCAGUUGGUUCAGAGAAACAGAGAUUUACCAAACUGUUUUGAUGCGUCAUGAAAACAUCCUUGGUUUCAUAGCUGCAGAUAUAAAAGGCACUGGCUCCUGGACACAGCUUUACUUGAUUACAGAUUAUCAUGAAAAUGGAUCGUUGUACGAUUUUCUGAAAUGCACUACGCUAGACAACAGGGCUCUGCUCAAACUGGCGUAUUCUGCUGCGUGUGGUCUGUGCCAUCUACACACAGAAAUUUAUGGGACACAAGGCAAGCCUGCUAUUGCACACAGGGACCUGAAGAGUAAAAACAUCUUGAUAAAGAAAAAUGGAACUUGCUGCAUUGCUGACUUGGGUCUUGCAGUCAAGUUUAACAGUGACACAAACGAAGUUGAUGUUCCCUUGAAUACUAGAGUGGGAACGAAACGUUACAUGGCUCCAGAGGUCCUAGAUGAAAGCCUGAAUAAAAACCAUUUCCAACCAUACAUCAUGGCUGACAUCUACAGUUUUGGGCUUAUCAUUUGGGAAAUGGCUCGACGUUGUGUCACAGGAGGUAUUGUUGAAGAGUAUCAGCUGCCAUAUUAUGACAUGGUGCCAAGUGAUCCAUCCUAUGAGGACAUGAGAGAAGUGGUGUGUGUCAAGCGCCUACGCCCAGUAGUAUCAAAUAGAUGGAACAGUGAUGAAUGUUUAAGAGCAAUAUUGAAAUUGAUGUCUGAAUGCUGGGCUCAUAAUCCUGCCUCAAGGCUCACGGCCUUGAGGAUCAAGAAGACACUUGCCAAGAUGGUGGAAUCACAAGAUGUAAAGAUUUGACAUAGUAAAUUGACAUUGGAGAGCAAAGCUGGACUCCUAGAUCUUUUCACUCAGACAUGGGUGAGACCUGUGUGGAAAGAGAGAAUAACUGAGAUUCAGUGUAUUUUCUCAGCACACUUCUACAGGCUGCUAAUCAAAUCUUUCAGUACUUCAUAGACUGUGAUACUGAGAGCCUCUAUACAGUACAUGCUACGGAUAUGGACAGCCUUGAUAAAAUACACAUUUUGGUUUUGUUUGAGCUGCAUUGACACUUCAGUCAUACUUAGUGAGUCUCCAGUAAAACUCUGGGUACUGAAUUGAAUGUUCAGAUUACAGUGCUUUCUGUGAAAGCCUAACAAGCUAUAUGGAUUCAACAGAGAUGGAGAAUAUAAGCUUUUUUUUGCCUUCUACCUGAUAAAACCUUGUCAAUCCAUACUAAGUUUUUGUGAAACAGCCUGUAGUUUAUGAGUCUGUUUGUGAUACUGCUCAGUUUAACGGUUCCUUAUGCCUUUAUGUGUGUGCCAGGAUUAUUUUGCUGUCAUUUGGAAUAGAUAAGAAACCAUUUAAAUGAACAAAGUUUUAUGGUCAGGGCUCUGUGCAUUUUGUGGCUCCACAAUCAGAGAUUUGCUACAGAACUUACUCUUUGCCAUUAAGUUAUCUUCCAAAAUCUCAGUUUUAAUUUUAUUUCUAUUCUUAUUUUGGUCACAAGGAGAACUGCAAAAAUGUGAACCAUUAAUAACUUAAGGAAUGCCUACCUGAGUCUGCAGAGAGCUUGAAACAGCCUCUCUUAGAGGUAUAAACUGCUUUGGUCGCCACACUUGUGGUCUAGUGGGCUCCGUAAUUGGAUGACUAUCAAAUUGGGCAUAUCUUAACAACGCCACAUGCAACCAGCGUUUUUGCUGUAGGAUACUUCACAUCUUAACAGAAAGACCAUUGAUGAUAGGUUUUGCCUUUCUGUUUUAGUGAGAGUCACGGGCAGGUGUCUGUCAUGCUCUGAACCUUUUCUCUGUACUUGAGGGAAUCGGUCAACUGUAGGAGCAUGCUUUUUCACCAUUUGACAAAACUAGGCAGAAGAUAGUUUUGAAAGGCUUGAGAACAAGUCUAAUUUACAGACACAAAAGAAGGAAGGCAGGAAGUGCAGGCCGGGCACUCAGAAGAUUAGAGAAUACAGUAAAGGUCAAGACCAGAAGAACUGCUGUGAACCGUUGAAGAUAAGACCCAGAAUGUGCACAAGAUUUUUAGCUGGGUUGCCCUGAUGUAAAUGCAGGAGGCCACGUCUGUGGGCCAUCUAGUGGACGGUUAUGAAAUUGAAGACAUGAGACAAGGUAAAUCAGUGGGUGUUUUAAGUUCUAGUUAGGCACAUUUAAAAGGAAUGGCGUUGAAAAAUAAUUUGUGAAGAUAAACUAAGUUAAUCUAAUUGCAAAAUUUGAUCCUAUGAUGCCAACUAUUUGGCAUGCACAGGAAGCUACAGUUCCCUCCUUUUCUUCACUGAUCCAGACAAGUUGGUUAAAAACCAGAACCCCUCCAUGGGGUUACUGUAAGGCAGGAUUACUGAUUUAUAACUUUGGCACUUCUACUUUGAAGUUAGAAAAUAGUACCAUAAGUCAAGUUGAAGCUUCAAAUGCAUAAAUCAUCACAAGAAUGAACACACAGUAUUGGAACAAUUGAACCUAUUUGAUAAUUUAAGUGCCUAUAACUUUGUACUGUAAAUCUUGUUCUAGAUGACUUUAAAAAGGGAAGUUAUUUAUACAGUGUGUUUUGUGCUUUAGUAAAUAAAAAAGCCUAGUCCUAGGUACAUGUGUUCAAUUAGAUACAUGCACACAUACACACAUGCCAUAGUCAAGAUUUGAAGAAAAAGUUAUGAAUGAUAUCAAAAUUGAGCAAAAAAGGUUAAAACUUCAGAUUGAUUUAUGCCAGAUUAUUUGUUGUCUUAGAAUAUGUACAUGGAGAUUGUUUUGAUACAUGUUUAAAUUUCCCUUGAAAGUACAACUAGUAGAAAACAAUGUAAUGCAGAACUAAUGUGAUUUGUGAACAAUUACAACCUUCUAACAUGUUAUUUUUUGUUCUAAUUCUGUAGUUCACAUAAUGUAAAUGGUCAGGCAAAAGAUUGCAGUAUUUUUAUUUACUAUUGUGAUGUACAGACUUUAUUUAACAGUUCUACAUAUUUUAUAGAAAUCUAGCUAUUUCAAGGGACGUUUCUUUUUUUAAAAAAAUAAAGUCAUUACUUUUGUUCAGUAAUGCCUUUAAGUAUUAAUAUGUAUUCUGGCUGAAAAGUUAACAGGUGUGUCAACUAUGAUUUUAACUUAUUUGAAAACAGCGAGAGAUAUAUGAUAUUGUGCCACAAUCCUCAUGAUAAAGGGCUUUUUAAAAGAGCAUUUCUCCGUCCAUUGCCAAGAAAUAGAAGAUGAAUUUGAAAUUGUUAAUCAUGUCUUCAUGCAUAAUUUUUGCACAGAUAGUUGGAAAAUAUUUGGUAUGAGCCAAAAAAGGUAAGGGAUAAGCUUUUUAUUUUUUCCUUCUCUAGGGUUUUUAUUAAUUAGAAGGAAAAAAUUUUAUAUAGGUACCCUGCUAGCUUAAACUUUCAGAGCAUGGAGGUCUAUUUAAAUUAACCCAUUCCCUUUUAGAUUAUUUUUUUUGUUUCUUUUAGAAGUUGCCACAGCAUUAUUAGCUGUCAACUUGUUUUGUGAUUUUUUUUUUUCUUCUUUUUUUUUAAUUCCUUUUUCUUAAGUCUUCAGGAAGCCAUUGCCAGAAGUGUGAAUUUCGAUAGUUUUCUCCUCUAUUAUUUACAGAAUCACAGGUUGUUAGGGAUUGGAAGGGACCUCGAAAGAUCACCCAGUCCAAUCCCCCUGCUGGAGCAGGAACACCCAGAUGAGGUUACACAGGAACGCAUCCAGGUGGGUUUUGAAUGUCUCCAGAGUAGGAGACUCCACAACCUCCCUGGGCAGCCUGUUCCAGUGUCUGUCACCCUCACUGAGAAGAAGUUUCUUCUCAAAUUUAAGUGGAACCUCUUGUGUUCCAAUUUGAACCCAUUACCCCUUGUCCUAUCAUUGGUUGUCACCGAGAAGAGCCUGGCUCCAUCCUCGUGACACUCACCCUUUAUAUAUCUGUAAACAUUAAUGAGGUCACCCCUCAGUCUCCUCUUCUCCAUUUAGGCAUUUGCAAGGCAAUAGGGUGGUGAUCUUUGGUAGACAUCUUAAGACCUGAAUUGAUUUACACAUCACUUGGACCCAGAAGUAAGCUGGCUGCUGCAGAGAUCACCUUUGAUAGAAAAGAAAAAUCUUCGUGCCUUAAGCUUAACCUUAAUUUAUCAGCUCUUCAGUUACUCAGUUCACACUCAUACGUAUCAACGCGUAUUCAGUAGUCAUUGUCCUGAAGAGGAGCUGUUAAGUCUUUAGUAUUUCUUGAUUCCCUGAUACUCCAAAAAAUGUGAUUGCUGAAGUACCUGGUUACAUAAAGCACUUGAGCACAUAUUUACAUUCCAUGCAAAGUCAUUCUCUGUUUGCAGCCUAAAUAUGCCUAUACUGACCGUUUAGCAAUCAUUCACAGGAAACAAAACAAACCAAAUCAAACAUAAACCACAAACACACACCAAAAACCCCAGCUUCUCUCAGAGCUAGCCCAUUAAUUUUUACAUAGUUAAACCUACUUAGUGCAGAUUCUAGAGCACACCUGUUGCUUUAUGCAAAACUGUAGAGUUCAGAAGCCUUUAAGGUCAGGGAGGGUAAUAGGAUUCUUCUGUUGGCGUGUGAUUAAUCUCUUGUUGUUGGUCAAAACUGGCAAAUUUGUUUUCAUUAUUUUUUUGUCUUCCUUUUUUUUAAUAUAAAAAUCAGAAGUCUGGUAAAAACCUUGAGGAGUAUCAAGAUUGUGCCUUGGAAGUUCUUAAACACUCAUCUAUGGAGGGGAGAUUUGUAUUUAUUUAACCUACUCCAUGUGGUUUCAGUUAGGUGGAAAAUAAUUUGAGUCACUUACAGAAAUCUUACUGUUAGAGCAACUGAAAGAACCAAUUCUGUGUUCCUGAUUAACUUGUAAGUUCCCCAAGAACUUACAAGAACAAGUUUUCCUACAGAAAAAUGUAGGCUUACAUUUUGAGUUUAUUCCAAGUUUUAUUCAAUAUGUAAUUUUUCCUGAGUUUUACUCAAGAAAUUGACAGUUUUCCCAAUGCACAUCACUUUUCUCAAAUUAUUUUCUCAAUUAGUCUCUUUUGAGGUAUCGAUUAAAAGGUAAAAUCAAUAUUUUACGUUAUCUCCAUAGUAGUCUAGAAUCAAAUUUUAGACCUUGAUCUAAAGUACCAUUUGAAUGUGUUUAUAAAAUGAAUAAUUUGGAUACAUUUCACCUACUCUGUAUUCACAGACUGUAUUUUAAUGGUCUAAAAUGUUUGAAAAGCAAAGAUAUUAAGUGAAAAAGCAUUCUUUGGCUAUUGCAGAUGUUUUUAAAGGGAAGUUACGUACGCAUCUUCUGUCAAAUAUAAAAAUGAUAUAGCACUUCCUCAUUCUUCUGACAGUGCCUCUGAAGUCAAAAGUCUUUAUCCUGUACCCACAAUCUUUAUUCCAAAUAGGGGUGAUGUCUCAAUGGCUGGCAAUGGUGCACGAUACGGUGCUUUAUGGGGCCAUGGUGAAUUAGCCUUGGUUGGUAGAGCAGAACUGGAGUGCACGUUACUUCUAAUUUUGGAACAAAUCUUAUGUAAUUGUUGCUUUGUAAUAUGUUACCUUGGAAUGCAAUUACAGAAGCCCACAUCGUCUAGUGACAUUUGUGCUCUGACAUGCCAUGCCCAAAAUGAAAUGUACUAUAUUGUAUACAAGAAGAAUAAAUAACAUUGUAGUUAACCUAGAGAAGCUGUAAAUAAAUUAUGGAAGAAGAGUGGAACAAGACAAAUGGUCACACUCUUGUGUGUGUUAUAUGCCAGAAGUGUAGAAUACUCUUUUAAAAAUGUAACACACUAAUGUAUUUUGUACAGCAUCUGCUUUAGAAGGUGCCUUAUUGAGUUUACCUUGAAUUGCUUGUUCUGUACACAGAUUAUGUCCAAUGUAUCAUUUUUAAGUAAAUAACCUUAUUUUAGUA